AAAACAGGAAUGAAGUAUCCCUCUGCGCCUCAGAGUAAAUCUCUGUUAGACAUGGAAGUAGCGAACUACUGUGAAGGCCUGGAUCCCUCUUAUAGCACGCUGGGAUUUGAGAAUGCAGAGGUGCUCUAUGUUGCAGGAGACAACAUGCCGACAGAGCCGAGCCUGCCCGGCCCAGAUGGGAUCAGCAGUAACUGCGCAAUUUGUGGAGAUAAAGCCACGGGGAAACACUACGGGGCUUCCAGCUGCGACGGCUGUAAAGGCUUCUUCAGACGCUCCAUACGUAAGAGCCACGUCUAUACCUGCAGGUUCAGCAGACAGUGUGUCGUGGAUAAAGAUAAGAGGAACCAGUGUCGAUUCUGCAGACUCAACAAAUGCUUCAGAGCUGGCAUGAAAAAAGAAGCCGUACAGAACGAAAGAGAUCGGAUCAGCUCCAGAAGAAGCAUUCCUGAAUCCCAGAAUGUGCCGCCCAUCACUAUUUUGGCCCAAGCAGAGUCUUUGUCCCAACAGAUUGCAGUUCCAGUUGGAAUAGCGGAGCUAUCAGAGCAGAAGUCGGCCACCGUUGGAGAUGUUUGUGACUCUAUGAGGCAGCAGUUGUUGGUGUUGGUGGAGUGGGCCAAGUAUAUUCCUACGUUUGGAGAAUUGCCACUGGACGACCAGGUGAGCUUGCUGAGAGCUCACGCCGGUGAACACCUCUUGCUUGGGGUCGCCAAAAGGUCAAUGCCCUUCAAGGACUUUCUGCUUUUAGGUAACGGCUGUGUGAUCCACAGGAACAGCCCCGAGCAGGAGAUAUGCAGGGUGGCGAACCGGGUGCUGGACGAGAUGGUCCGGCCUUUUCAGGAUAUUCAAAUAGACGACAACGAGUACGCAGCUCUCAAGGCUAUCGUCUUCUUUGACCCAGAUGCUAAGUCAUUGCGGGACCCUUCGAAGAUUAAGGCCAUGCGUCUGCAGGUUCAGAUGAGCCUGGAAGACUACAUUAAUGACCGUCAGUACGACUCCAGGGGUCGCUUUGGGGAGCUGCUCCUCCUGCUGCCCACCCUGCAGAGCAUCACCUGGCAGAUGAUCGAACAGCUCCAGUUCAUUAAGCUCUGCGGCCUGGCCAAGAUAGACAACCUGCUGCACGAGAUGCUGCUGGGAGGUCUAACAUCAGAGCCCACACACCUGCACCACCCGGCACACGCCCAGCUGGCCCAGGACCCGGUGACCGGACACACACUGGUCAUCAGCUCCAUGCCGGUCGCUCACACGCCACAGAUCGCGUCGCCAGACACUCCCAUCCCCUCGCCUCCGCAGGGUCCGGCCCAGGAUAUGUACAAGCACUACCCUCAGCCUCUCUGUCCUCCAGUCAGCCCCUCGCCCUCCGCACAGGCAGAUCCAUGA